AUGGCCAACUACCUCGCCUCCAUUUUCGGAACAGAACAGGACAAAGUCAACUGUUCGUUUUACUACAAGAUUGGCGCCUGCCGCCACGGCGACCGAUGCUCGCGUAAACAUGUCAAGCCGUCCUACAGCCAGACCAUCCUCCUACCGAACCUGUACCAGAACCCGGCGUACGAUCCCAAGAACAAGAUGAAUGCGUCACAGCUGCAGAACCACUUUGACGCCUUCUAUGAGGAUUUCUGGUGCGAGAUGUGCAAGUACGGCGAACUUGAGGAGGUGGUGGUCUGCGACAACAACAACGAUCAUCUGAUCGGCAACGUCUACGCGCGGUUCAAGUAUGAAGAUUCGGCGCAGGCAGCCUGUGACGCGUUGAACAGCAGAUGGUACGCCGCAAGGCCGAUCUACUGCGAACUCAGUCCCGUUACGGAUUUUAGAGAGGCGUGUUGUCGGUUGAAUUCAGGUGAAGGUUGUGUGCGAGGCGGAUUCUGCAACUUCAUCCAUAGAAAAGAGCCGAGUCCCGAGCUAGAGAGAGAGCUAGAACUCAGCACGAAGAAGUGGUUGAAGGAGCGUGGCAGAGAUGAGAGGAGCGUCACUCGGAGUCCGAGCCCCGAGCCCACGAGGAAGAGAUUUUAA